AAAUGAGUGAGGUUUCGAAGAGAUCAUCGCAACAAUGAAGCGUAAAGCCGAGUCCACAGAAGAACCAAGCAAACGCAGCCGUUAUGGAGAUGAAAGGCCGUUCUGGGAUUCGGCUGCGUCUUUUGACAAGCUGGGACUCGAGCCUAGAUUGUUACAGUCAAUACAGAAACAGAAGUUUACGUCGCCAACGCCCAUACAAGCGAGGGCCAUUCCACUUGCAUUAGAAGGCAAAGACAUUCUAGCUCGAUCAAGAACAGGCUCUGGAAAGACGGCCGCAUAUGUUCUUCCAAUUCUUCAUUCGAUCCUCCAAUGCAAAGCCACCCAAGCGACCUUGAAAUCGACUUCGGCGCUAAUCCUUGUGCCUACAAAUGAGCUUGCAGGUCAAGUAACCAAAGCUGUCGACCUAUUCGCCUCAUUCUGUGCAAAGGAUGUGCGAGUUGAGAAUCUUGCCCGCAAGGAGGAUGAUAAAGUUCAACGGGCUCGACUUUCAGGCAAUCCCGAUGUUGUGAUCGCUACACCGUUUAAAGCGGCAUUGCACAUAAACAGCGGCGCGCUUUCCCUGUCGGAUCUCAAGUACCUGGUCGUCGACGAGGCAGACUUGGUCUUGUCAUACUGUAGCUCGAAAGAUCUGGAUGCCAUUCGCAAGGCCCUGCCGUACAACACACAAUCGUUUCUCAUGAGCGCAACCUUAGGCUCGGAGACAGACAAAUUGAAAGAGAUGUUUUGCAAAGACCCGAUUGUGCUACAGCUGGACGACGAAGAGAAGGACUCGAGUGGCGUCAAGCAAUAUAUCGUCAAGUGUGGUGAAGAAGAGAAGUUCCUACUUAUCUAUGCUAUAUUUAUGCUUAAGCUCAUAAAAGGCAAGACCAUUGUGUUCGUGAGCGACAUUGACCGAUCUUAUCGUCUAAAGCUGUUCCUCGAACAGUUUGGCAUUCGCAGUUGUGUUUUGAACUCCGAGCUUCCAGUCAAUUCUAGAAUCCACGUCGUGGAGGAAUUCAACAAAGGUGUCUACGACAUCAUCAUUGCUUCAGACGAGCAAGAUGUGAUUGAAAACACCAAGAAAAGCAAAAAGACAUCGACUACUGAAGACGAAGAGGAGGAUGUAGGAGAUGGAGGUGGAGAAAUCGUGAAUGAUGACGCUGAUGGUGGCAAAGAUGAUGACCAUCAAGUUGACGAAGAUGAUAACGAUGCGGAUGGUACAGGAACCCAACUCUCACAAUCCUCAAAGAAGAAGCGGAAAAAGGAUAUACGUGACAAAGAGUAUGGUGUCGCUCGUGGCAUCGACUUCAAGAACGUAGCCUGUGUCCUCAAUUUUGACCUCCCACUGUCCUCCAAGUCAUACACCCACCGCAUUGGUCGUACUGCAAGGGCUGGCAAGACUGGCAUGGCGUUGUCUUUUGUGAUACCCAAAGCAGAAUACAGGAAGCACAAACCUACGAGCAUACCCAGUACCGAACAUGACGAAGAAGUUCUUGCAAAAAUCAAAGCAAGACAGGAGAAGAAGGGAAAUGAACUUUUGCCUUAUGCCUUCGAUAUGAAAAAGCUCGAAGGAUUUCGGUAUCGCUUAGCAGACGCUCUACGAUCCGUCACCAGUGGUGCCAUUCGCGAGGCGCGACUUCGAGAGCUUCGCCAGGAACUGAUCCGUAGCGAGAAAUUGAAGAGACAUUUCGAAGAGAAUCCCGAGGAUCUGAAACAUUUAAGGCACGAUGGCGAACUGCGAGCGGCACGAGUGCAGAGCCAUCUCAAGCACGUGCCGGAAUACCUGUUACCGAGUGGUGGGAAGCAGGCUUUGGAGAAGGACGUCGGUUUUGUAUCGAUGCAUAAGCUACCUGAGAACAGGGUAAGACGGUCAAGAAUCAUCAAGGCACAGAAGAGCCAUGGAAGGAGCGCAGCAAAGGCGAAGGGCAAGAAAAUAAAUCCGCUUGCAAAUUUCAAAGGGAAGAGAAAGUAGUAAUGGAUUGACAUCUAUUCUUAAGCUCCAUGCUACAAAUGAUACGCUAAUAAAUGCUGAGCUCUGAAUAUGCACAAUCUAUCAAGAUUUCCUUUAACU